CAGUUCUGAGAAAGUGAAACUCAGACAGCCGUUGUCACUGAGAGGUGAAAUGGCGCAGAAAGGAGUUCAGCUGGACAGAGAAACCUUCUCUUGUUCCAUCUGUCUGGAUCUAUUGAAGGAUCCGGUGGCUACUCCCUGUGGACACAGCUACUGCAUGAACUGUAUUAAAAUCCACUGGGAUGAAGAGGACGAGAAGAAAGUCCACAGCUGCCCUCAGUGCAGGCAGACCUUCACACCGAGGCCUGUCCUGCUGAAAAACACCAUGUUAGCAGUUUUAGUGGAGGAACUGAAGAAGACUGGACUCCAAGCUGCUCCUGCUGAUCACUGCUAUGCUGGACCUGAAGAUGUGGCCUGUGAUGUCUGCACUGGGAGAAAACUGAAAGCUCUCAAGUCCUGUCUGGUGUGUGUCGUCUCUUACUGUGAGCAGCACCUUCAGCCUCAUUAUGAUGUAGCUCAGUUUAAGAAACACAAGCUGGUGGACCCCUCCAACAAGCUCCAGGAGAACAUCUGCUCUCGUCAUGAUGAGGUGAUGAAGAUGUUCUGUCGUACUGAUCAGCAGUGUAUCUGUUAUCUCUGCCCUGUGGAUGAACAUAAAGGCCACGACACAGUCUCAGCUGCAGCAGAGAGGACUGAGAGGCAGAGAGAGCUGGAGGUGAGUCGACAAAACAUCCAGCAGAGAAUCCAGGACAGAGAGAAAGAUGUGAAGCUGCUUCAACAGGAGGUGGAGGCUAUCAAUCGCUCUGCUGAUAAAGCAGUGGAGGACAGUGAGAAGAUCUUCACUGAGCUGAUCCGUCUGAUGGAGACACAGCAGCUGUGUCAGAGCUCAGAGAUAAACUACAGGACGUUCUGAGAGAGAAAUGGACAAACAUCUCACAGACAGUGACUGAUGUGGAUGUUUUACUGUCAAAUUCACAACCUGAGCCCAAGACCAGAGCUGGAUUCUUAAAAUAUUCACGUGAAAUCACACUGGAUCCAAACACAGCACAC